UAAAAUCAAUGUAAGUUUACUUUUAAUUGUUUUCAAAAAAACUAGGUUUCUUUUUGGUUGCUCAUUAGUUUCUAGUAUGUUUUGCAACUGUUUUAAUGCAUUCUUUAUUUUUUAGGUCCCCGCACCCAAUCCAGAUGUUGUUGGUGAAAAGUCAGAUGCCCUUCAUACUGAUGAAGAAACUGAGGAUACUGUCUCUGAUACACCUCUGUUGGAUAAGAGGAAGCGUGCUCCGGCCUUGAAAUCUCCAUUUGUUGAUUUCGGGUCUGCGGAUGUCGGGAGCACUCCAAUGGAGCUUAUGUCCUCAGGUUCUCAGUCUGCUGGGGAUGAUAGGGAUUUCAAAAUGGUGACUUAUGUGAAGGGCCUUUAUGCUCUUAAUGAUGCUUUUGCUGAUCCCGUAUCUACCGAGAUUGAGGCAAAAUUUGACUCUUGGAUUGGUGAAGGAUUGCUUAAACAUCCCAGGCAUUAUAAUUGUUAUGAAGACGGCGCAAAGAAAUUUACCCCGGGUUUUAGGCUAGGUGUUGAUUAUGUUGAGGAUAAAACUUGGUUUUACCAUUUGGCCACAUGCGACAUGUUUAUGAACGACUCGCAUAUGAACACCAUAUUCUAUUACCUUCGGAAAAAAGGUAAGUAUUCUUCCGCUGUGACGUUGAAUUUCGCAACCACUGAUUGUCUUUUUGAUGAUUCCAUCCAAGCAUUGUACCACAAAUUUAACAAGGCCAAGUCAAUGAAGACUAAGAUGUCACACAUUCACGCUGCCCACCCAAUUGCGCAUUACAUCCGAGGUAUGCGCAUUCCCUGUUCCAAGCCUUGGUAUGAAGCCGAUCACGUGCUUUUCAUCAUCAAUUUAAGAAGGGAAAGUCAUUGGGUUUUUGGGCGUCUUGACGUGCACGAAAGGACGUUAUUUCUGUACAAUUCUUUGAGAACCGCGAAGAUGAAUGCCGCAGCUAGGAAUGCGAUGAAGGCUUAUUCCGUGUUGCUGCAUUUGUUUUUCGAUUUACUUGGGUUCUGGAAGAAUAGAGCACAAGUUCCUGCCUCAGUUUCUGACCCUACAGCUCCAUUCAGAAUCGUGGAGCUUAGUGGUCUUGCGUCUCAGCAGAAGAAUGAUUGUGGAGCAUAUGUUGCUGCCUUUGCUGAAUUCUUUAUACACGGAAAGGAUGUCCCUGCAGACUUUGACAUCGAAGUUUAUCGAACCCGACUUGCUUCACUUUUCUACUCGUACGGACAAAGGAAAAUUGACGAAAGUAUUGACAGCGAGGAUGAGAAGCAAACCAAGUCUUCUAAGGCAUCUAAAUUGAAGAAAUAGGAACUUUUAAUUUGGUGGCUCUAUUAUGUUAUUUGUUGAAUCUAUUUACUUGACAAGUUUUAGUGUUGUUGUGUGUUUAAAACUAUGUAGCUGGUUUAAAACUUUUAGGAUAUUUGACAUUCACUCCUUAUAAUAUCUUUAUUGUAUAGGUUUGUAUUUCCCAAAGUUGUGUGUUUUUUUAAUUGUUCAAGUUCUUAUAUACGGUCGCACAACUAUGGAGAAACUAUUAACCAACUAAAUACAAACUAUGUUUUCAUUUUUCCUAAAUAGUGCUAUGAAUGUAUAUUUAUUCUUCGUAUUCCA